AGGGCUCUUGCGGAGGCUGCUCGGCAGCGGCGGCGGCGGCUCUCCUCGUCGGCUCAGGCCUGGGGUUGCGCUUCCUAGGUCAGGGUCUGCAGCCGCUUCCUCCAUUGCGAGCCCGGAGAAGUCGGUGCGCCGCUUGGAGAGGGAAGGCGCCUUUUGCGCACGCGGCGCUCCGGAGAAGCCACCCGGGGACCCCCAGAGCCGCGCCGGGUGGGUGCUGGGGGUGACCCCCACCCGUGCGGUGGAGGCAAGCCGAAGAGCCUCCCUCCGAGGGGGUUCCCGCGCGUGUGACCCCCGAAAGCGACGCGGUUUGUUGCUGCCACUCUGGUCCCCCUUUGACUUGGGCACCCAAGGAGGGAGAAUCUCCCACUGGCAGGUAUAGGGAGUCACGCGGAGGAGGAUACAGUGCCAUGGAAGGUGAUUUGCAAAGCCCCUUCCUCUGAAAGCCCCACGAGAUGCUGACACCCAGUCCCGAGGGCAGCCAGCCCCGCGAGAGCAACAGCAAGACUAGAGGAGGGGAAGAGGGGAUGCCUCCUCGCACGCGGCCCGCCGCGAAAGCCGCCCAAGGCAUCCGCAAACGCAAGGACUUUGUGGUGUGCCAGCAGGGGGCUCCGGCGGAGGAGAAGCCCAACAUCUGCAUCGAGUGCGGGAAGACUUUCAGCCAGAACUCGAGCCUGGUCAACCACCGGCGCACGCACUCCGACGAGAAGCCGUACAAAUGCCCCGACUGCGGGAAAAGCUUCGGGGUGAGCUCCAGCCUCAACCGGCACCAGAGGAUCCACACGGGGGAGAAGCCCUACAAGUGCGGCGAGUGCGGCAAGCGCUUCAACGACAAGUCCAACCUGACCCAGCACCGGCGCAUCCACACGGGCGAGAAACCCUACAAAUGCAUCGACUGCGGCAAGAGCUUCAGCCGCAGCUCCCACAAGAAGCACCACCUGCGCCACCCGCCGGGGAAGAAGCUGGGCAAGGGGGGCCCUGCCGUCGCCGCCCAGGCGGACGGCGCCUGCACAGCCAGCGCCAAGCCCAAGCCCAGGAGGAAGGUGGAGGUGCUGAAUACCUGCACCGAGUGCUGGCAGAGCUUCAGCCAGAACGCCGACCUCAUCAAGCACAUGCGCAUCCACACCGGGGAGAAGCCCUACCAGUGCAGCGUCUGCGAGAAGAGCUUCAGCGUCAGCUCCAACCUCUUCCGGCACCAGCGGAUCCACACGGGCGAGAAGCCCUACGUGUGCUCCAGCUGCGGGAAGAGGUUCACCGACAAGUCCACCCUGGUGCAGCACCAGAGGAUCCACACCGGGGAGAAGCCCUACGCCUGCCGGUUUUGCGGCAAGAGCUUCAGCCACAGCUCCCACCACAAGAGACACGAGAAGAUCCACAAGGCGGACUACCCGAUACUGGCCUACUCCACCCCCCUGAGCUAGCAGGUCGCCGUAGGGCAGAGCUUUCCAAACCGUGCGUCUCGGCACGUUAAGUUUGUCGGCCGCAGUGCGCAGGCGUGUCGCCACAGACGCUCCCCACACUUCCAUCCUCUCGGGGAUGGAAAUCGGGUCCGUUUAACCUCCGGUUUGCUAGCAGAACUGAAUUACCGUGUCACGAAAUGACACCUGCCUGGAAAGUGCGUCGCCAACGUGAAAAGUUUGGAAAGCUCUGCUGUGGGGGGGGGGGGAGGGCGUUCUCUGCUGGGGAAGCUGUUUUCAGAAGCACACAAGCCCCUUUGGAAAACAGCCUGGUGUGGUGGGAAUGGAACAGGAGGGGAGGGGAGGGGAAUCCCCCUAGACAUGUCACCGAUUGCCAGCUCAUCAGCACAUCAGCUGGCGAUUUUGGGAUCAAUUCCGCUUCUUUAGAUCUAGAUACGUCUAGCCUUCCAUCCCAAACAUAACUGCCAAGUUCCUGCCUGAAAAAUAAGGGAUCGGACCGGAAGUAGCGCUGCCGACAUUUUGGAACUGGGCGGAGCAUGCUCAGAGGUGACUUUUGAUGCUGCUGUGCCCAGUUCCAAAAUGGCCGUCACACCAGAAGUCGCGCUGCAGCCAUUUUGGAACUGGGCAGAGCAGCAUCAAAAGUAGCUUCUGAGCAUGCUCUGCCCAGUUCCAAAAUGGCUGCCGCGCCAGAAUAAACCGGGAAAAAAAAACCAUUUUCCGGCUGGGAGCAGCUGGAAAAACGGGGGUUUCCCGGGGAAUACGGGAGACUUGGCAGCUAUGAUCCCAAAGGGGACAUUUCUGGGCUAAACGGCAAAAGCGUAUGGCAAUGAUUUUUCUCGAUGGCUCUGCUCCAGACUGCAAGUGGGAGUGGGUUUGCAUAUUUUAAAGACCUCCACAUUAAUCAAAUGCCCUGCUUAUUUUUUAUUAUUGAAAAAAGCACAUUAGGAACACAAGGCGAGGUUCCUGGAUCAGGCCAAUGGCGCAUCUAGUCCAGCAUCCUGUUCUCACUGUGGCCAGCCCAGGUGCCUGAGAGCAAGCCAUUCUCCCAACCUGGGUUCCCCAGCCCCUAGUAUUCAGAGGCACAGUGCCUCUCUGAGAGUGGAGGUAGAGCCUGGGCAUUUUGGCUAGUAGCCAAAGAGUAUCAGCGGCAACCUUUUCCUCUGAUGUGCUAGUUUUCUGCAAACGGAAGGGUUUCAAAGGAAUGCGGGAGGAUAUGAAAAAAUGUGACAACCCCCCUCCCACACACACCUGCAGUCUAAAGUGGUCCAGUCUGUGAAGAACUGUUUGGCAUGAGUUUGCCAGACAUAGAUCGACUCUUGGUCUCAGCGCAGAGUCUCAACCUUUUCCUCCAGAACCGGUUCUGGCGGUGAAACAACCUCACUUAAAAAACAGAGCUCUUACAGUGAGUCUCUCUGCUGAAGCCUUUGCUGGUUUUGGCUAAGCUCAAAAGCUUCCUACUAUAUACCGUAAAAAGAACAACUCUUCUUAGAGUGACACAGAGACUGUGAUUCUGCUUUUUAGACUUUGAAACGGCCGUGCCCAUUUUCUCUUGCCACUUUUCCCAGCGUAGUUUUCAAAGUAGGGAGGGGCCCCCUUUGAUCCCACCAAUCCAAAACUUACGCAUCCGAUGAGGAGGACUGAAACCGUGCUCUGAAAAGCUUCCCGGAAGAGGCAAGGUUUUGAUCUACCUGUUCUUUGGAGAAUAUUGUUAGUUAUAUCAGGACAUUGUGUGCUCUGCAUUUCCCCCUUUCUGUAAGUCAUAGUUUAUAAAUGUCAUUCAAAGCCUGAUGAAGCUGACCCUUUUGCUCUCCACAGAAUAGAGCGCUGCAGUGUACGGGUUAAAGGUAAAGGGACCCCUGACCAUUAGGUCCAGUCGUGGACGACUCUGGGGUUGCGGCGCUCAUCUCGCUUUACUGGCCGAGGGAGCCAGUGUACAGUUUCCGGGUCAUGUGGCCAGCAUGACUAAGCCGCUUCUGGCGAACCAGAGCAGCGCACGGAAACACUGUUUACCUUCCUGCCGGAGUGGUACCUAUUUAUCUACUUGCACUUUGAUGUGCUUUCGAACUGCUAGGUGGCCAGGAGCAGGGACUGAGCGACGGGAGCUCACCCCGUCGCAUGGAUUCAAACCGCUGAUCUUCUGAUUGGCAAACCUGCGUCCCUUGUAUCUUGUCUCCUGGUUCCCUUUAGUGUCCUGUCCACCAAUAUGCUCCACUCAUCCUCUUAAGCACUUACCAUACCUCAGUUAUUUCAGUUAAGCACUUACCAUACCUCAGUUAUUUCGCCACCCCCUUUCUUCAAAAGCAUAGUUGCGACAGUUUUUUCCCAGCUCCAGUGAACAUGCCAGCAGGGUAUAAUAGGGCUGGAGGAACUUUUGUCUCUCUUCGUAUUUAAUUUGCAUGCAAUUAACAUAAUGUGCAUAAAAACAACAAGCAGAGGAUGCUCGUUAAUAGGUUUAGUUGGAUGUUGCACUUCUUCCCUUGCGCUGCCGAUUAAGUUUCCGGCGUUGGGCCUCCGAGAUUCUUUGCAGACAAUCAGUACUUAGCGGCGGUCUCCGUUUUUACACUGCCACUUGGUUUAGCGUUGGGUUUAUUAAAUUUUAUGUAUCGCGACCCUCUUACAAAAAGUCCCGAAGUGAUUUACAACCAAGUAAAAAGUGCCACGAUAAAAUCGCAUGAUAAUAAAAUGUAAUCGGAAGCAGGUUUAACAAUAGAGCAUCGCCAUAUCAUCGGCUUGGCCCAAAUGUCUGGGAGAACAAAAAUGCUCUUGCCUGCUGCUGAAACGAUGGCAAGGUUGGCACCGAGAGGGCCUGUUCUCUCAUAGCCACCCUCUGGACCUCCCUUGGAAAUGACAUGCAGAAUGACCUCCGAUUAUGAUCUCAGGGUCUGAGCAGGUUCAUAGAAAGGAGGGGGUCCUUUAGAUAUAGGGGACGACUUGGGCUUUAGAGGCCAAAACCAGCAUUUUGAACUGAGCCUGGAAACAAGUGAGCCUUGGUGAAAAGUGAGAGAAUAACAAAAAGGCACGGCAGAUUAUUUCCCCUGUUUUAGCCGGACUGAAGCUGCAAGAGUCAUGGAUGGCACACCCAGUAUUGUUGGACUCAGACUCCCAUCAGCCCCAGCCAACAUGGCCAAUUGUCAGGAGUGAUGGGAGGUGAUGCCCAGCAACAUCUUGGGGGGGGGGCACAGCUUCCUCAUGCCUGCAGCAAGGAGGAUUAUUGCAAGCAGAACCCCUACGCUCCAUCUGCAGCCGUGCUUUGCAAUUCAGCAUCCCCAAAGGACAAGUGGUCAGUAAGUAAUGUCUGUAGGCCAGGCACCCCCAAACUUCGGCCCUCCAGAUGUUUUGGACUACAAUUCCCAUCUUCCCCGACCACUGGUCCUGUUAGCUAGGGAUCAUGGGAGUUGUAGGCCAAAACAUCUGGAGGGCCGCAGUUUGGGGAUGCCUGCUGUAGGCUUUAAACUUGAAGAUUUUUUUUAAAAACUAUUCUACUGCCCUGUCUAUAAAUCUACUUUGUUUUUUUUUAGGGCUUGUAUUCUGCCUUGUACAGUGGUACCUCGGUUUAAGUACACAAUUGGUUCCGGAAGUCCGUACUUAACCUGAAGCGUACUUAACCUGAAGCGAACUUUCCCAUUGAAAGUAAUGGAAAGUGGAUUAAUCCGUUCCAGACGGGUCCGCGGAGUACUUAAACUGAAAGUACUCAAACCGAAGCGUACUUAAACCGAGUUAUGACUGUAUUUUAAUGCACUGGAGUAUAGACACGAGUGCAAAUGCUGCCAUCAAGUACAAGGGCUGUGAACUAACAGUGGGCGGUGUUAGUGGUAUACUCACAGGGGCCACAAGGUGGCGCUGUGGAGGGAGGCUUGGCCAUUUUUGUGUGGGAAACGAAAGUUCUGUUGUUUUGCCUCCUCAAUGGAGUUGCCGCUCAGUUGGUAAACUCUAUGGCAGGCAUGUACAGUAUUUAUUUGGGUUUGUUCCAGCGGGCCUGAUCAAUGGUUUUCUUUAACCAUUUAUCCUUCCUCCAUAAUUAGCCAAUGCUUAUAUGUUUUACUCAGGCAUUCAUAUAGGAAUUUCUAUAAGAAGAGACCCUUCUGUGGCAUAAAAUUUCCAAUAAAUUUUACCUUUGACCUUUUUUUGGUUCAUGCCUUAUGUGCCCAUAUGUAGCAACCAAGCAGCUGGCAUUUCCCAUGCAGCAUCAAAAAAUAAAAUAAAAUAAAUGGCCUGAUGCAUUUUGGGUUUUAGACCAGCUGUAAGAAAAUCAAUGAUAAGACCAACACCCCCCGCCACAUUUUGCUGUUUUUAAAUUUAGCUUUACAUUUUAGAUUAAGAGACUGCUAUGAAUCAGCCGUUUGACACGAUGAAAUAAUUUCUCUAAAAUUAUGAAGGCAGUGUGAACUGUUUUUGUUUUUUUAAGGAGACCUCCUAUUCCAUUCACAGAGCUGCAGUUCCCAAGGAUCCCUAGGAAGGGGGAUUGGCCCAUAAACCUCUGGGAAUUGUAGCACUGUGAGGGGGGUCUCAGCAUCCUGAACAAACUAGCACUCCCAGGAACUUUAGGGGAAACCAUGACUGUUGCAAACGGUAUAAUGCUGUUUUAAAUAUAUAGUGCAAAUGGGCCCUUACUUUCAGUAACCAACACUAUGUGUCGGACAAAUUUUCCUCUGAGCUGUUUUCUCCAUGAGUAUACUUAUUUAUUAAAAGGUGGAAACUUCAAAUAAAAUACUGUAAAAAUACAUGGAGCUGGUUUAUUUUCCAAUCUAGCUCAGAUUUCUAAGAAUCCAAGGUAAGGAGCUUUAGGUUUUGCCAUAAAUCGAAUAGGUAUUUUUUUAAAAAAUAAACAAGCUUAUGAUCCUUGGAGAAUGUCGUUGUCAUACUUUUUUUGCGACUUGUUGAACUCCAUUCAUCUCGAUAGAUGACAAGCUAGAGUGUGGUCCAGAAGAAGUUGGCCAGAGGUUGACCAGAAUUAGGGGAGAGGUCUGGAGACCAAGUCCUAUGAUGAAGGGUUGAAAGAACUGUGAAUGUGCAGCUUGGAGAAGAGAAGAUUGAGGGGAGACCUGAUAGUUGUCUUUAAAUAUCCAAAGGGGUAUUAUUAUUAUACGUAUUGAAUUCCUCCCUAUACAUUUCAACCACAUUCUUGCCUCCAAAGGUUCCUUGGAAUGAUAGUUUGUUAAGAAGGCUGGGAAUUGUAGUUCUGUGAGGGGAAAACUAUGGGGAUAGUUAAAUUCUCCAAGUAUCUAACAUGGCUUGCUUGGGACAGAGUGGGGGGACAAACCUUCUGCAUAUCAAUGUCCUUAAUCUAACAAACGAGUGGAUUUUGCCUGGCCCAGGGAUAGCAGAAAGUUUCUGGAUAAACCUAGAAAUUGUAAUUAGCUGUUAAGGGUUUUACACUCAAAACCACAUACACCUGCUUUUCUCCCCACAGGGGAAUGAGAGAGCAUGAUUUUGUGUGUGUGUGUGUGUGUGUGAGAGAGAGAGAGAGAGAGCCAUUAUGAGUUUGAUUUUAAAAACAGGCCUUACGUAAAAGGUACCUGCAACUACAUGUCUUGUGAAAUUAUCGGCCUGUGAAGAACUCAAAACCUACAGUGGAAGCUGCAGCCCAGAGUGAAAUGCAGGGUGGGAGGCCAACAGCAGGUGGAGCUAGAGACAACGAUGGAUGUAGCCAGAGCCAACGACAGGCAAACUCAACUGAUUCUAGAUCUAUUACCCCCCUCCCUCCUGUAGAGUUCAACAAAACUGAGACGGAGGAUGAAGAUUUUGACAGCCAAGUAAGUAAGAAGGCAGGGAAGUAGGGGUUGGCUGAGGGCAGAUUGAGGUUGGUGGGGCAGUGCCCUAACAGACCAGCACCCACAGCAUAGUGAAUUGUCAACAAAACGGUAGAAGAGAAGUCAAUGUGUAUGUGUUUGUGUGAAGGUGGGGGAGGAAUCCUGAUUUCACAUAUACACCAGUGGAAUCUGAAAUUGGCCAUUAUCAAUACCUAGUAAAGGAAUCUUGCAGUAAACAGAUUCAGUAAACACGCCUUUGUUUUGGAAAUCCUCUUGAGGAAUAAAAGGGACUGGGAGCCCUAAGGGAAGGCAAUUUUUUAGUGGACAACUGGCCUCUUGCAAUAUUGCUCCUCCAUUCAAAGUCUCCCAAUGUGGCAUUCAUUUGUUCCCCGCUUUCUUCACCAGGGUAGGAGAAUCUGUAGCCCCUGAAAGUUGUUGGACUCUGGCUCCCAUCAUCCCUGAUCACUGGGCCAUAUUCGAGGACCAUCAGGUUCCCCAUCCCAGAUCUGUUGUAUUCAAGGCAGCUGGCAGCUACUGUAUACAAAAGGAUAAACAACACAAGGAAAAUAAAUAAAUGGCAAAGUCCUUAAAAAGGCUAAAAUGCACACUGUUCACUGACAAAGCUACCAAUCGCACCUUUAUUGAGAUGCUGUUUAGAUUUUGAGUGUGCCACUACUGAAAAGGCCCUGUCACAAGUAUCCACCCUCCAUACAUCUGCUGGUACAUGUUUCUGCAAGUAACAUAAAGUUUGACCUGUGGAGAGAAUCAAUCAACCUCUUGCUAAUUUGUCAUUUGAGUGGCAGAUGCCAAAAAUGUGUAAGAACCCAGUGGCCCAUCUAGC